AUGAGUGACGAUGGUCAAGAUAGUGCAAGAAGGUAUCAAGAUAGUACAAGAAGGUAUCAAGAUAGUACAAUUAGGUAUCAAGAUAGUGCAAGUAAGUAUCAAGAUGGUGCAGGUAGUUAUCAUGAUGGUGCAGGUAGGUAUCAAGAUGGUGCAAGUAGGUAUCAAGAUGGUGCAAGUAAGUAUCAAGAUGGUGCAAGAAGGUAUCAAGAUGGUGCAAGAAGGUAUCAAGAUAGUGCAGGUAGGUAUCAAGAUGAUGCAAGAAGGUAUCAAGAUAGUGCUGGUAGGUAUAAGGAUGGUGCAGGUAGGUAUCAAGAUGAUGCAAGAAGGUAUCAAGAUAGUGCAAAAAGGUAUCAAGAUGGUGCAAGUAAAUGUCAAGAUCGUACAAGUAGGUAUCAAGAUGGUACAAGUGAGUAUCGAGAUUGUGCAAGAAGGUAUCAAGAUGAUGCAAGUAGAUAUCAAGAUGGUGCAAGUAGGUAUCAAGAUAGUGCAAGUUGGUAUCAAGAUAGUGCAAGAAGGUAUCAAGAUGGUACAAGAAAGUAUCAAGAUGGUGCAGGUAGGUAUCAAGAUGGUACAAGUGGGUAUCAAGAUAGUGCAAGUAGGUAUCAAGAUGGUGCAAGUAGGUAUCAAGAUGGUGCAAGUAGGUAUCAAGAUGGUACAAGUAGGUAUUAA